AUGGAUUUCUCCAAGUUCCUGGACGAUGACUUCGAUGUGAAGGACUGGGUGAACGGCGCCUUCAAGGUGGUGCAGAAGGACGCGCCGGGGAAGGCGGACACACACGCGGCCACGCUGGUGAUGAAGCUGCAGCUGUUCAUCCAGGAGGUCAACAAUGCCAUCGAAGAGAGCAGCAACCAGGCCCUCCAAAAUAUGCCCAGGGUUCUGCGGGACGUGGAGGCUUUGAAACAGGAGGCUUCCUUCCUCAAGGAGCAAAUGGUUCUGGUCAAAGAGGACAUCAAGAAGUUUGAGCAAGAUACUGUGCAGUCCAUGCAGGUCUUGGUGGAAAUUGAUCAAGUGAAGAGCCGCAUGCAUCUGGCAGCAGACGCUCUGCAGGAGGCCGACAAAUGGAGCACGCUGAGUGCAGACAUUGAGGAGACCUUCAAAACGCAGGACCUUGCAGUAAUUUCCUCCAAGCUGACCAGUAUGCAAAACAGCCUGGCCAUGUUGGUGGACACGCCAGACUACUCUGAAAAGUGUGUCCACUUAGAGGCUCUGAAAAACAGACUGGAGGCCCUGGCCAGCCCACAAAUAGUAGCAACCUUUAAUUCCAUGUCUAUGGACCAAGCCAAGCUGUUUGUUAAAGUCUUCACAGAGAUAGAUCGGAUGCCACAGCUCCUCGCUUAUUACUACAAGUGUCACAAGGGCCAGUUGGUGAGCAUGUGGCAGGAGCUCUCUCAGAGUGAGCUCAGUCUGAAUCAGCAGCUGUCCGAAUUCUACGACACGUUGCUGUCCUCGUGGCACUCUCAGCUACAGUGGAGCAGCCAGGUGUUCAAGAACCCGUAUGAGGUGGUGACAGUAUUGUUGAUCCAAACUCUGGGGGCCAUGGUCCCAUCCAUCCCCGUGUGCUUGAGCUCGGCUGUGGAGCGGGCAGCCCAAGAGCAGCGUCUGGACACCCUGCUGGAGCUCCAUCACACCACGUUCACAUUCGGGCACAGCCUGGAGGCCGCCAUGCUGCCGCACCUUGGUGAGAAUAAUCUGCUGAAAGUGAAUGAGCUGGUGUGUGCUCUGUAUGACCCCUACAAACCUUAUAAACUACAGUACGGAGAUCUGGAGGAAGCUCACCUUCUCAUCCAGAUCAGUGCUGUACCUCUGGAACACGGGGAGGUUAUUGAUUGUGUGGAAGAAUUGAGCCACUCUGUUGGCAAGUUGUUUGGCCUGGCCAGCGCUGCCGUGGACCGCUGUGUCAAACUGACUGAUGGACUCGCCGUGUGUGGCCUCCUUAAAGCCCUCAAAGCCCUCUUCACCAAGUAUGUGUCAGACUUCUCCACGACGCUGCAGUCAAUCAGGAAGAAGUGUAAGCUGGAGGAUACUCCAAGUUCAUCUGUUUUCCAAGAGGACUGGACAGCCUUCCAAAACUCUGUCAGAAUUAUUGCCACUUGUGGUGAAUUACUUAGACAGUGCGGAGCCUUUGAGCAGCAGCUGUCAAACAAGAUCCUGGGCACGGCGGGGAAGUACUUGUCGGAGUCGUACAGCCCACGCAGCCUGGCAGGCAUCCAAGAGGCCAGCUCUACAGAAAGGAAGAGCGCUACCAAGAAUCCCUGGCAGGAAUACAACUACCUUCAGAGAGGAAACAUGGCGGAAUACAACAGCCUGAUGGAGGUCCUCUACUCCCUGAAGGAGAAGGGCACAGGUAACUCCAGCCUGUUGGCAGAGCCCAGAUCUGCUCUGACCAGACUCAACCAGCAGGCCAACCAGCUGGCUUUCGACUCCGUCUUCCUGCAGAUCAAACACCAGCUCUGCCUCGUCUCCAAGAUGGAGAGACAAGAGGCACCUGGUUUUGGAGAGAGCUACACAGAGGACCUGCCUACUUUCAGCCUGUCACCGCAGGAGUACAUUACAAAUAUCGGGCAGUACCUCAUGUCUCUGCCUCUCCACUUGGAGCCAUUUGUGACUCAGGAGGACCCGGCACUUGAGAUGGCCCUACAUGCUGGGAAGCUACCUUUCCCUCCAGAGCAAGGCGAUGACCUUCCCGAGCUGGACAACACAGCCGACUACUGGCUGGGCUCCAUCGCUCGGGCAACCAUGCAGACCUACUGUGAUGCCAUCCUGCUCAUUCCCCAACUGGGCCACCAUUCCACUAAACAGCUGGCCACAGAUAUCGACUAUCUGAGCAAUGUGAUGGAUGCUCUGGGCCUGCAGCCCUCCCGUUCCCUGCAGCACAUUGUCACCCUGCUGAGGGCCAAACCAGAAGACUACAGACAGACCGCUAAACUCCUGCCUCGUCGUCUGGCCUCCACCAUCGCUGCCCUCCGCUGCAUCGACUACUGACAGCAAAGAGAGGGAGGGAGAUAGACUCUGUAGGUAUGGUGGCUCUCAGAGCGGCACCAGGGAGUCGCAGGCAUGUUUGACCCCAUUCCCAGGUUGUUGAUAAUAUGAGGAAGAAUGUGAUAUUAAAAAUAGUUGGUUUACAUAUUACUAUAUUAAGUCUCAAAUUUGGGGCUGCAGCAUUUUAGAAUUAUAGUCCUGUCUUAAUGGGAGCUAUGGGAAUGUUAAGAGAUUGAAAUCAGGGUGGUUUAGACUUUUUUUAUACUGAUUAAUGUUGCGUGUGUCUCUGAACGAUGUCUCACCGGUGAUAAUGCCUUCAAGUCAAGCCAAAGGGUGAAAGUGUCUUGACCGUACAUCAUUGAUUUCUGCAUUUUUUUUAGUUGCUGAAGCGUCUAAGGAUAUAACAAAAUGUACAUCAGGGAAUGUAUGAGAGCAUUUGAAAUCUAUACAGCAGAUAUAUGUUUGUAGUUAAUUAUUUGUCAUACUAAUAUAAAUCAUCUACGAUAUUUAAUUAUAUUAAAGCAAUCUUUAUGAGCUUCACAUUCAGCGGUUGAUGUAAAGAUGAAGGUGUAGUUGGAGCUGGAGUGAUGAUAUGGAUAGUCAUUUCCCCAUAUUUUUCCAUGCAGUAUCGUGAAAAUCUGUGCAUAAAACACUGACAUCAACACUAAAACGAAGCCUAUUGUGUUACUUUUCAUGGAACUAUUUUUAUUCUUUAGAUGAAUGAGUCUGUAAUGUAAUCAGUCUAGUUUAAUAAACAUAAGGCAUUUUCUGCUAAAUCCUUUAAUCCUCUCA